UUACAAAGAAGCCCAGGUCCAAAUAUAAAAAGACCAGCAUCUUUUUAUGAUGUGCACGUGUUGCUUCUUCCUGUUAUCUCCAACACAGAGAACCCCACACGCGUUCAGAAGGCCCACUCGUCGAGACCAACGUUUUCUGAGCUGCUGUCGAAUGCUAUUUUUAGGUUUAUUUUUGGCGUCAUGGGCACGUACGUAUCCCUUUGUCUUAUUAUUGUGUGGUUCAGCACGAGUUUUCACCCCCGAAACUCUUAUCGGUCCGCAGCAACUACCGAACACCAAGCUCUAAAAAAACUCCCCCGCCCCCUUUUCCGGUAUCUCGCUCCCAAGGAGUAAAUCCUUCCAUUUCUCAACGGGGCCUCUUUUGCAUUGUAUAGAAGAGUUUUCUUUCUGGGCUCUCUCUGUGCUGUGAUUUCAUGGCUUCUUCAGUGCUCAAUGGAGCUGAGAAUCUGAAGCUCAUUAGUGGCUUAGCCCCAACUAGGUUUGGCUUUGUGGGGUCAAAUUUCCAGGAUAGGUGCUUGCCCAAGCAGGGUUUGGUGUCUUUUGGUAGGAUUUAUAAGGCCAGAACUUUGACUCCAAGAUGCAGUGUAUCAUCCUCAAGGCCUGCUUCGCAGCCUAGGUUCAUACAACACAAACAAGAGGCAUUUUGGUUCUAUAGGUUCUUAUCUAUUGUGUAUGAUCAUGUCAUAAACCCUGGACACUGGACCGAGGAUAUGCGGGACGAGGCUCUUGAGCCUGCUGAUCUCUAUGAUCGCAAUAUGGUAGUGGUAGAUGUAGGGGGUGGAACUGGGUUUACCACUCUUGGUAUAGUUAAGCACGUGGAUGCCAAAAAUGUUACAAUUCUUGACCAGUCACCCCACCAGCUUGCCAAGGCUAAGCAGAAGGAGCCCUUGAAGGAAUGCAAGAUAAUUGAAGGUGACGCAGAGGAUCUUCCAUUCCCAACUGAUUAUGCGGAUCGAUAUGUCUCGGCGGGAAGCAUCGAGUAUUGGCCGGAUCCACAACGUGGUAUCAAGGAAGCAUAUAGGGUGCUUAAGAUAGGAGGUAAAGCCUGUGUUAUCGGUCCAGUGUAUCCAACCUUUUGGCUGUCUCGUUUCUUUGCUGACAUGUGGAUGCUCUUCCCAAAGGAGGAAGAGUACAUUGAAUGGUUUCAAAAGGCCGGUUUCAAAGAUAUUAAACUAAAAAGAAUUGGUCCAAAAUGGUACCGUGGUGUCCGUCGGCAUGGCUUGAUCAUGGGUUGCUCUGUAACAGGUGUGAAGCCCUUAUCUGGUGACUCUCCCUUGCAGCUUGGUCCAAAGGAAGAGGAUAUAAAAAGGCCUGUGAAUCCGUUCGUUUUCUUCCUCCGGUUCAUUCUUGGUGCGUUAGCUGGGGCAUACUUUGUACUGGUUCCAAUUUACAUGUGGAUCAAAGAUCAAAUAGUUCCAAAAGGGAUGCCCAUCUGAAAUGUGAGGAACCAAUGAGACUAGAUAAAGCUUGUGAUGGUUACUCUUCCCGCUAAAGCUUUCCCAGCCAAUCAACUAGAUGUGCCCUUCUCUGCUCAAGAUAAACCUGCUAAAGCAGUCAUUUAGGCGGACAAGCAUGCUUCAAAGCUUAGUGCUGCUUAGAGCUAUAACUCUACAUCUCCAAUAUGGUUGGUAUUUUGUUUUUGUUUUCUUUCUGAGCAACUAAACUCCAACAAGGUUGUUGCAAUGAUAUUUAGUGCUGCUUCAGGUUGACAGACACCAUUCAAAGCCUAGUGCUGCUUGGGUCUAUAACUCUGCAACCCCAACAAGCUUGGUUGUUUGUCCUUUGUU